AUGCCGUCAUCCAAAGAGUUGGACCGGUUGGCCGGCAUGACUACCGAAUGGGAUCGAAUUUCGUGGUUCGAUUGUAGGAAGAUCUUUCGUCCUAAUUCCAGCACGGAAACUAUCCAUGCUGAGGAAGAGCUCUUCACCGAUGUGUUUUUCAAGCAUCAGUGGUACGAUGGCAGCCGUGUUCGAGACGGCAAAGCCUUGGUGCAAGGAUGGAAUGCUCUCAUCCAUACCAUCAAGUGUAUUGGUUGUGAGGCCUGGAUCGGUAAACUUGAUGCAGCUCGCAUCAGGUUUGAAAAACGCAACCCCGUCGGGGCGCGAUACAAGUUGCACCGACGGUCAAGAAAGGCAGGGUUACCCUGUCUCUCGUGGGGUGAUUCGUGUUCAGGUUGCCUGGACAACUCGAACCGUGCCCCUAGGGAGGCCUAG